AUGGCCUCGACGGCCCAGGCGCUUUGUCUGAGUGUGGCUGAUAGCGCAUUUGGCCCCCGCGUCAAUGUCGCUUGUCGAAAUUUUGAUUUCACGGUCUACUUCGAGGAUCUAUUUUUCGCUUGCCUCCCAACUGCGUUGUUUUUAUUGGGUCUCCCUGCCUCACUGUGGCUGCUGUGGAACGAGCCCCGUCGUAUCAAGCGGUCUACGCGACUGCUCUUAUUUGAGUCCUCUGAGAAAGAGUCCAUCGUCACCCCGGAAACAGAAAAGCCUGCCACUCCAGAACCAUUUAGUGGUUUUUGGAAGCAAGCUAGUUUCGCUUGGCUUGCCGGAACAUUUCGCCUGGGAUAUUCCAAAGUCAUUUCCGUUGACGAUCUCCCUGAUCUUGAUCCACGGUUAGACACUGAGACCGUUGGGAAUAAGCUACAGAGUGUCUGGUCAAAAGAAGAAAACAAGUCUAAGAAACAUGCACUGCUUAUCGCUUGCUUCCGUACCUACUAUGCUCCAUUCAUAUCUGCAGUCAUUCCACGCCUAUUUCUAUCGGGAUUUACCUUCUGUCAGCCGUUUCUCAUCAACGCCACUGUGUCAUGGGUUGGGAAUUCAGAGGCUGCCAUGGAUUCUGGCAAGGCCCUGAUUGGGGCGUACGCUCUCACAUAUAGUGGAAUGGCCGUUUUCACUGCUUUGUACGGAUAUCGCACUUUCCGGUUUACGAUUCGCCUUCGAGGGGGCCUGAUUUCGCUCAUCCAUCGGCAGACUGUUCGAGCCCGAGCGGUUGAUCUGGGCGAAACUACUGCAAUCACCCUGAUGGGAACUGACGUUGAACGGAUUGCGAGUGGCUUCCGAUCAAUCCAUGAAAUGUGGGCUUCUUUGAUCGAUAUAGCAGUAGCAAUAUACUUGCUGGAAAGGCAACUUGGAGUGGCUUGUCUAGUUCCAGCGGUGAUUGUUGUCGCCGCUACUAUGAAGCUCGCGGCCGCUAGUAGCACAUCGCAGCGAUCUUGGGUAGAAAAGGUGGAGGAUCGAUUACGUAUGACAUCACUCGCCUUGGAAAAGAUCAAAGAGGUCAAAAUGCUCGGUCUAUCUGAAAAGAUUUCUUCCAUUAUCCGGGGGCUUCGGCAGGCCGAGGUCGCUACAUCAGCUGUGUUCCGCAAGCUUUUGAUUGUCAGGGUUGUUAUAUCCAAUUCCCCAACUGACUUGGCUCCCAUCGCAACAUUUGUCGUCUACACGAUCAUUGCCCUGAAGAAACAAGAUCAAUCAAUCCUUGCUGCCAAGGCGUUCACCUCCAUGUCCCUAAUUUCCUUGGUCACCACCCCCGUCUUAACAUUUAUCCAGGCCAUUCCGGCUGUCAUACAAUGUGUGGGAUGUUUCGACAGAAUACAGGAGUAUUGCAGUACGCCACAUGCAAAGGGCAACUCCGAUGCCCCGGAUGCCGGAGAAACUCUUCAAACCGGAUCGCCCAGUUCUUUUAAGAUGGAGAAGUUACAUCCUGAUAGCUCACAGAUUGAGUUCAAGGGUCAAGACUUUGGAUGGGAAAAGGGUGCCUCCCCUGUUCUGCAUGAUGUUCGUCUGACAGUCCCGGAUGGUCUUAUAACUAUGAUUGUCGGGCCUAUUGGUUGCGGAAAGUCCACUCUGAUAGAGAGCAUACUCGGGGAAACUCUUACCGCUAGGGAGCUGUCUAGCACAAACCUACCAUCUGUCGCCUACUGUGCUCAGAUUCCAUGGAUUCAGAGUCGAACAAUCCGCGAGAACAUUAUUGGGAACAGACCAAUGGACAAAGUCUGGUAUCAAACGGUGAUCUCGAGUUGUGGGCUCGAGAAGGAUGUUACUCGACUUCGCCGAGGAGACCAAACUCCCGUUGCUGGUAACGGGAUGACACUCAGUGGUGGACAAAAACAGCGAAUUGCAUUGGCGAGAGCACUCUACUCUCGAAGCAAACUCGUUCUGCUAGACGAUGUUUUUAGUGGUAUUGACUCAAGUACCACUGAAGCUAUUGCUCGUGAUCUUUUCAGCAACACGGGGCUACUCCGUAAAUUGCAAACCACAGUGGUUUUUGCCACUCAUUCCAUGUUCCUUCUCCAAUACGCGGAUAAUGUCAUUGUCCUCGAAGAUGGCCGCGUCCUGGAAACAGGGAGUUUGGACAGCCUCAAAACUCCCAAUUCCUAUACUCAAGAUCUGAAAUCCGCAUCAGUAACUUCUUCUGUCAAUAGCAGCGGUAUCAGUUCCAAUGACGAAGCAAUAUCGUCUUCUAUUUCCCAUAUGAAGAAUGAAGAUCUUGCCGAAGACGAUGUCGAUAAUCCAGACUCAUACGAUGACUUGAAUCGCCAAGAGGGAGACUUUUCUGUUUACUCCUACUAUGCUUCUGCAUCUGGAAGACUUACAUUUAUCUCAUGUCUGAUCGUCGCAUUGCUCUGGGCAUUUUGCCGUGAAUUCACUACUGUGUGGCUGGACUUGUGGACAGUAGCCAACGCGAAGAGUGGUAAUUCUCACAUUGCCAUGUAUCUCGGGGUAUAUAUUGCUAUUGGGGUUGCCAGUAUCAUAUGCAUGAUCAUCGUUUCCUGGCUUUUGAUUGUCAACGUGAUAUCAUCUUCAGCACUCAAGCUCCACGAAAAUGUUUUGACCAGCACAUUCAGAGCACCAUUCCAAUUCUUCCACAAUGCCGACAUUGGUAGUAUUACGAAUAGAUUCAGUCAAGAUAUGGAUCUCAUUGAUAUGAGCCUACCCAUUGAAGUCUUCAACGUUAUCGCCUGGGGAUGUACAUGUCUCGUCAAAUUGAUCAUCUUAGCCGUCGUAGCCAAAUAUCUGGCUAUCGUCAUUCCUUUCGCCGCGGCCCUUGUCUACAUGACGCAAAAGUUUUAUCUACGCACAUCCCGUCAAUUGCGAUUCCUAGAUAUCGAAGCCAAGGCACCAUUAUAUACUCAUUUCCUUGAGUUGGUCAAUGGAGCUGCAACGGUCCGCGCCUAUCAAUGGCAAGAAAGUUUCGAUAAAACCUGUGUCACUCUGCUCAACCUCUCUCAGCGUCCAGUGUACUUGAUGUACUGCGUUCAACAAUGUCUAGGCUUCUUCCUGGAUAUGCUUGUGGCUGUACUGGCUGUUAUCCUGGUGGCUAUAGUCGUGUUCCUCCGGGAUAAAUUCAAUCCCGGAGACGUCGGUGUCGCCCUAGUGAUGGUUAUGACAUUCAACAGUGUUUUGAUGCAGCUUAUCAAAGAUUGGACGAAUAUGGAGACAUCAAUUGGAGCUGUGUCCCGUGUGAAGGUAUAUGCAGCCACGACCGAGUUGGAGGAAAGCACACUUGAUCGAACACCGUCUUUACCCACACAAUGGCCAGCUGCUGGGGCCGUUGAGUUUUCAGGCGUCGUUGCAAGACACUCGGCAACACUUCCUCCCGUUCUGAAAGGUAUCUCAAUGUCCAUCCGAGCUGGAGAAAAGAUUGCCAUUUGCGGCCCAUCUGGUAGCGGAAAGACAACCUUGAUCCUCGCGCUCCUUGGUAUGAUUCAAUUUGAACAAGGCAAUAUUCGUAUCGAUGGAUUCGACUUGUCGGAUUACUCCAAAGCCGAAACCAGAACCAAACUAAAUGUUAUUACACAAGACCCCUUCUUAGUUGCUGGCACGAUCCGCUUCAACGUUGAUCCCCUCGAGGGGGCAUCGGAUGAUGAGAUUAUCAGCGCUCUACAAAAGGUGCGACUAUGGGGGAAGAUUGAAAAAGAGGGUGGGCUUGACAUGGCCAUGAAAGUCACUACAUGGUCUCAGGGCCAGAAGCAACUCCUCUGCCUCGCUCGUGCGAUGGUUCGAAAAGGAAAAGUACUAAUUCUCGAUGAGGCUACGAGCAGUGUUGACAACGAGACCGAGAAUUUCAUGCAGGAAAUCAUCAACACUGAGUUUUCGACUCAUACUGUCUUGGCGGUUGUGCAUCGGCUAAGAUUCAUUAAUCAUUACGAUCGUAUCGCUCUCUUGGAUAACGGUGUCUUGAUGGAAUUUGACUCGCCCGAGGCACUUAUGUCAACGGAUUCACGAUUUAAGACACUUCACGACUCUGGAAACUUGUGA